GCUCACCAUCUUUGGCACCCCACUCUCUCUUCUCUCCAAUAAUCAGCAGCCGUGGUCACGACUCUCUCUGAAUUGCGCUCCAUCUUCGGCCCGAACACCACGUCUUCAUGAUCGCAGCGCUCUAAAUCUUCACUCGAUCCGACCUAUUCAAGGAAAGGACGCUGUGAAGUUGCACCGCCUCCAACCUUCUUCUCCCUCUUCUCUUUGUCACUCUAACGACCCAGCGAUACCCUCAACACCUCAGUGUCACAACAUGGCGAGCGCAGCAAACCAGACAUCUCGCCCCUCGUCAGCAGCUGCCCACGCAAUGUCGCGCCAGUCGAGUAGCGGCGCCGCCACGCCCAGCACCACCACCGACUCUGGCUCGACCACGCCUGGCUCCGAGAGCGGCGCAGACGAAGUCGUUGCAACGAGCACCGUAAUUACCGAGUACACCACAAGACCAAAGGGCAGCAUUGAUGGUGAUGAUGCUGAAGACCAGGAAGCCGCCUCAUCUGCACCCAAGGUAGCUGGCCAGACGACGACAGUCACGCAUAUAGGAUCCAAGGAGCUGCAGCACCAAAUCGACAAGGAUGGCGGUGUUCACUUGAAGCCUCAGCAGAGUGCUCACCAGAAGAAGAGGGGCAAAAAGAUCAGAGCCAUCGUCAGCUUCAAGCCCAGGCAGAGUCGACUAGAUCGCUUCAAUGAAGAGGCGGCCAAGGACCCAUUUCGCGGCUUCUAUACCUUGUUCUGGAUUGGGAUGGGCAUUAUCAUGCUCAAUACAUUCUAUACGAGCUUCACUAACACGGGGAAGAUCAUCAGCCUGACCUUCUGGACUCUCUUCUCCAAAGACGCCAUCGUUCUCGCCAUCAGCGACGGCGUAUUGGUUGGCUCCCUCUUCCUAUGCGUCCCUUACGCCAAGGGUCUUAAGCGUCGCUGGUUUCGCUAUGCCCCUACAGGCCUCAUCAUUCAGCACUCUUGGCAGGCGCUGAUGCUCGCAUGCGUCAUCAAGUGGGCGCGCUACCGCGAGUGGCCCUGGGUGCAGUCUGGCUUCUUUGUGCUGCACACCCUCUCCAUGAUGAUGAAGAUUCACAGCUACUUGGCCGUCAACGGGAACAUGUCCAUUCAUUAUCAUCGCAUGCGAAGGGUGGAACGGCAGCUCGAGGAGAGAGUUCUCGAGGUCGAACGUGAGGCGGCUGGUCAAGGGGAAAAGGAGGAGAAGCUGCCAGAGAGCAAGGAGGAGGCACGGCAGAUGCAGCAUGACUUGCUCGCCCGAGCGUGGGAUCGGGCGGUUCGCAAGUCCAAGGACGAAGCCAACGCUCGUGAAGGGGCCGACGCGCUCCUCGAGGGCGACAAGGUGGCGCUAUGGGCUCAAGUAGACAAGCAGCGUGGCAUGGGCGCUUUCCGCCAUAGAGCCUUCCGUGGUAGCUUGACGAGGUCGCUGCAUCCAGAUCAGCCGCAGCAUACCCACCACGCCUCAGCAACGCUGCAAUCGCCAGAGAAUGGCUCCGCCGCACGCCAACGCAAGGAUUCUACCUCAUCCCAGACGGCGCAAGAAGAGCUGGUACGCGAUCCUCACCCGCUCGCCACCCAUCCAGACGUGCUCAUUUCGACUCUCUCGCGCGAAAUCGAAUGCCUCCGCGAAGAGCUCAUGUCCGUUCCUCCGCACCUACCAGAGGGUCUCUCCCCCUCCGAAGCCGAGUCAGCCGGUGGCAAGGACAAGCGUGUCUGCUGGCCCGACAAUGUCACCCUGGCCAAUUUCUGGGAUUACCUCCUCGUCCCAACGCUCGUCUACGAGCUCGAGUACCCGCGCACCAAAUCUAUUCGUCCGCUCUACGUUCUUGAAAAGACACUCGCCACAUUCGGUACCUUCUUUGUCAUCUACGUCAUCACCGAGCACUUCAUCAUCCCGCACUCCCCCUCGCCAGAAACACCACUACUGCAGACAUUCCUCAAGCUGGCGCUCCCCAUGAUGGUCAACUACCUCCUCAUCUUCUACAUCAUGUUCGAAUGCGUCUGCAACGGCUUUGCGGAGCUCACCCGAUUCGCCGACAGGGAGUUCUACCAAGACUGGUGGAACGCCACGAGUAUGGACGUCUUCUCUCGCAAGUGGAACAAGCCUGUGCACUCCUUCUUACUCAAGCACGUCUAUGCCUCUAGCAUCGCCGGACUGGGAAUGAGCAAGACGCUCGCCAUGUUGACCACUUUCCUCCUCUCUGCCUUCUUGCACGAGCUGGUCAUGGCCAUCGUAAGUGGCAAGAUUAGAGGGUAUCUCUUUGCGGCGCAGAUGAGUCAACUGCCGUUGAUCCUGCUGAGUAAAGUGCCGAUCAUUAGGGACAAUGAGACGCUGGGGAACUUGAUCUUUUGGAUUGGGUUAAUGGCCGGCUUCCCUUUGCUGAACAUUGGGUAUCUCAUCUAUUGAGAAGCACAAUACCAGAGAAGAUGGGGACAAGAGCCGGCUGAAACCUCUGUAGCUACUGUAUUGCGCUCGCUCGCUCGCUCGUUCGUUCGCCACCUCUCUUUGGCUUUGCUUAAUUGUACAUGUUGAGACGCAUUUC